ACUGGCUCAGGGGCUCCAAGCCCCAUCCACCCUGGCCUGGAACCCCUCCAGGGAUGGGGCAGCCCCCACUGCUCUGGGCACCCUGGGCCAGGGCCUCCCCACCCGCACAGGAAAGCAUUUCUCCCUCAGAUCUCAUCUCAAUCUCCCCUCUCUCAGCUUCAAACCGUCCCUCUCUUCCUAUUCCCGCGCUCCCUGAUACGAUGUUUAGUUUUGAAGUUGGACGCGGGCUGUUUUCCCCCCGGCGCUUGGCAGACGGAGACAAACACCACAUUCCUGCUCCACUUUCUCACUGCAGUCAAACGGAGCUCGAGCCAAGGGCAGCCCCUCCUUCGGCCCCGCUCCGCGAUGCCGCCCGGGCGCGCUGCGAGGGACGGACGGACGGACGGAGGGAUGGAUGGAUGGAUGGAUGCCUGCACCCCCUCCCGGGACACGGGGCACGGCGCCAGGGGACAGCCGCACCAACGGGGGAUGGGGACAAACGGGACCAAGGGAGAACAGAGCACAACGAGGAGAGCGAUGGCGGAUGGGGACGAGGUCGACGAAGAGCGACACGGGGACAAAAAAAGGGGAGAAGCUUUCUCUUCUCCAGGCUGAACAACCCCAUCUCUCUCAGCCUGUCCUCGGAUGGAAGGUGCUCCAGCCCUUGGAUCAUCUUUGUAGCCUCCUCGGGACCCGUUCCAACAGCUCCAUAUCCUUAUGCUGGGGAUCCCAGAACUGGACGCAGUGUUCCAGGUGGGGUCUCAGCGGAGCGGAGCAGAGGGGCAGGAUCCCCCGGCCACGCCGCUCGGGAUGCAGCCCGGGACGUGGGAGGUGUCUGGGCUGUGAGAGCCCUCCUCUGCCGGGCCGCUCUCCAUCCCAUCAUCCCAUCACCCCCCACCGUGUGCUGGAAUCAGGGAUUGCACCGAUCCAGGCGCUGGGCGCAGCUGUACCUCACAAGGUUUACACAGCCCCCCUUCUCCAGCCUGUCCAGGUCCCUCCGGAUCAGAGCCCGUCCCUCCGGCGGGGCCACCGCCCCGCUCAGCCCGGUGCCCUCUGUCAGUGUCACUGCUGAAGGGCCAUCAGACAGCGGCGGCGCCAGCGCGGACCCUGAGGGACCAUAACACCCCCCGGGCAGAGCACAUCCCCCCUGGAGCACAACAUCCCCCCUGGAGAACCGGGACAGACACCCCGGCCGAGCCGCGGCGGCAUCUGCGGCUGAUAAGGGGGGGCCAGAGAUAGCCAUGCAAAUGUAUGCAAACGCGGGUCCCCCACCCGAGCCCUCCCGGGCUGCUCGGAGCCGCGGCGCCGGGCGGGCACCGGCAAUUAGCGGAAAGUUAAUCACCCCGAAGAAGAAAAACACCCUCAAACCGCAGCAUCCCUUCGAUCCCUCGGGCCGGGCCGGUUUGUGUCGUUACAGGGCGGGGGGGACGGGAGGAGGGGAAACGGCUCCGGAUGGGAAGGGGAAAGAUGAGAUCUGGGGAAGGAAUCCUCCACGGUGAGGGUGGGGAGGCCCUGGCCCAGGGUGCCCAGAGCAGUGGUGGUGCCCCAUCCCUGGAGGGGUUCCAGGCCAGGUUGGAUGGGGCUUGGAGCCCCUGAUCCAGUGGGAGGUGUCCCUGCCCAUGGAUAGGGGUGGCACUGGAUGGGCUUUGAGGUCCUUUCCAACCCAAACCAUCCCAGGAUUCUACAAUCACCACCAGCGCCCACAGACAGAGGCCCAUCCCAGUCCACUCCUGCUGCGCAUGGGAGGUGCGGGGAAAGCCGGUUUGAUUCCACCUUCCGAGGGGAACAGUGUCGCUCUGAAAGCGAGUAGGGAGGGGAUAACCAGAACCAUCAGCUGAAAACCCAGCACGGCCAAUUUCUUUAAUUGUAAGCCAAUUAAACUUCUGGUCAGACAGCCAAUCUGUAAUUGUUUAUCGAACACCGGGUAACCAAGAACCUGAUGAACAUCAUAAACCAUCAGGCCAGAUGGAAUGCCAUUCACCGCUAGGUGAGCUGCGACUAAGGCAUCGCAGGUGCCAGCAACUACAUUAACACAGAAGAAAAAGUCUUCUCUGCUGGCAAUAGGGGAACAAUCUUUAACAAGGAGUGACCAGAGCAAGUGGAAACACCACCCCAAGGGUCAGAAUUCAAACCCGAUCGCCCAAAGCAGCUGUGGCUGCCCCAUCCCUGGAGGGGUUCCAGGCCAGGUUGGAUGGGGCUUGGAGCCCCUGAUCCCAUGGGAGGUGUCCCUGCCCAUGGCAGGGGUGGGACUGGAUGGGCUUUGAGGUCCCUUCCAACCCAAACCAUUCCAUGAUUAUAAUGUCUUAUCAAAUGUGACCACAAAAUUUCCUUAACUGCUUGCUUAGUACCUGAAGGUCGGAGAGCACGUAGACUCCAGCAUUCCCACUGGUGGCUUCCUGAGCCAAGAAGGGAGGAAAGGGAAGCCAGGAUCGUUGUGCUGCUUCUGCACACAGGCCCAAGGAGGCAGCUUUGGAGUGAGCGUCUGGGAGCACAGGGAAAGGGAGAGAAGCAAGGAGCAAGUGAAGGAUGGAAAAAAGAGUGCACUUGGCAGGAGAGAAAGAGGGUUAACACAGGGACAGAAGGGUCCGGUCAGAGAAAAGGAUGGGGGUGGUCUUGGAUGCCCCGAAUGCCUUCAUGCCUUCAUUCAAAGCCAACUCCAGGAGCCCAGACUGCACAGAAAACUUUUCUGAGUUUAUUAUGACUCUGUUAUUAUUUUGCUUCCUUCAUGAAUGGCUUCUCCCAGAUUUUCUAGGGGGAGGAAAGUCUGUUCUGCACACUUGUAGACUGGAUGGAACACCCCUAUCCCUCCCUCCUCAAACCCCAAGGCUUCUCUGUUUUGUUAAAUAAAUAUAUAUUGUGGGGAAAAAAAAAAAAAAGGGAAAAAGGCUUCUGAAAACCCUGUGCUGGGUUCAUCGCUACACGCAGAAAAACUGCUGUUACUUUGAACGGGAACAGCUGCCAAUCAAGGAACUCAAAGCUACUUUUCUUCCAGACGUGAAGAAGAAGUUUUCUUCCAGAUGUGCAUCCAGCCCUGGUGCGUGACAAACCUCGCUGCAGAUGUAGUUUACAAAAUGGACCAACUGUAAGGCUGUCUUUUUGUUAAAACCCUCUGGAAACCAAGCAACCCACCCCAAGAAAAAGCUGCUGACCUGAACAUGCCGUGUGUCUGUGUGCGGGUGGGGGCUCCUCCGGUGUCGUAGGGCGACACUCCGAGGAGUGCAAGGAUCACACUACAGAGACUGCAAAACAAGCCAAAACUUCAUAAACUCAUAGAGUCCCUAGGUUGGAGAAGAGGUCACUCAUAAACCACUUAAUCUUCACCUCCGGCUGCCCUGCAGCCUGGCAGCGAGCGGGCAUCGCUGGGGCGCGCUCUCAGGGGAUGGGGCAGGAGCAUCGCAGUCCAGGAGAGUGGCUUGAAUUCUUGGAUGCUGUACGCAGUACGUGCCCGUUGAGAUGCAAAAUUACACUGCAGAUGGUGGCUUUAGACGUAAAUCCCUAAUGACAGAGUGAAGGCAGCACUUUGAAGGGUGAUACUCACCCAGCACCGCCCCACCACACGGUGCCUGUACAAACCAGCACCAGGUUCUUCUUUCCAGAGGGGCUGCACAGAAAACCUGAGGUGAAAAGCCAAGGCAGACCUUUGGGGUGGGGUUCAGGUACGAAACAAGAUCCACACUUUGCUUGUCCAGAGUUGCUUUCAUUGGGUCCAGGGAAGAUCUCAGAAGUGUUUUAGCAGCUUCCUGGCUUGGGAGCAUCGAGUAGCGAUAGAAACCGUGGUCCAAACCAGCAGUGAACAGUAAGACACUAAAUAAAACCAGUAAAAGGGAAAACUACCCACAGCACAGAGUGCUUCAAAUUCUUAUUUUCAUUUCAUUUUAACUUUUAGACUAAAAAUACCCUGUCCCAACUGCCCCUUCUUCCAUUUCUUCCCUCUCUCCCACCUCAAAUAAAGAAUAGGGAAUCUGGUUAAGAACAGUGGUAUUUCUGUGCCCCACCUUCACAGCGCACCUCUUCGAUGCACUCAUUGAUUUCUGGUCAUUCUAAUACAGACUCCCCAGAAAGACUAAAAAAUUAACCUUUGAAUAUCAAGAUUUUCUACUAAUGCAGCAGUUUCCUAUAACAGGAGAGACUCUGGGAUGCCAGAUCCACUUUAAACUCAUUUCUGUACAGGAUUUUGUCUUCUGAACCUGGCUUAAUAUAGGAUUGCAAAGCUCUAAACUCUGAAAAGCAGAAUUGAUUAACGUGGCAGCCCCGAGUAAGGAGAGAUGAUGGAGUGUCCAGCUGGUGACGCCUCCUUCGAUCCGCCAUCCUGCUUACUCUGCCCGACCUCCAGACUCCUGUUUUCACGCUGCCUUUCUCUGCCCACCCAAAGCCUUCCAGUCCGGCAGGGGAAGGGCUGCACUCGUCUGAGGUGUCUCGGAGGUCCUCCUCUCCAGCUCCUCGCUCGCCAUAACCCAUUUCCCAGGUACCUUCUGGGAUUUUCAGACUGCAGUAAUGGAAAGUCAACCAGCUCGUCUCCCAACCUCUCAGCACAGAACAUUCCCUCCUAACGCUGCUGGACACACACGCCUUUCAAGCAGUAAUUACCAUUUUGAGCACUCACAAGUUACACCAUCCCCUAACACACCCGCGAUCCGCCCACAAAAGGCUGCUGCUCUCAGACUGAAUUCCUACCUGGGAAGCGAGGGGUUUCUCUGGCGCUGGUUUAUCAUAGCGAAUGUCAGUUCUUAGACGUGGGUACAUUUCAUAGUGUCAUAGAAUCACGUGGUUGGAAAAGACCUUCGAGAUC